GCAGUAGGGAGUUUCUGCUAGGGUCUGGAUUGGAGUUACACACAGACCGGACCCUACCCUGUAUGAGUGGUGUCUGAGGAGAAAAAAGGAUUCCCCCUUUGUCGCAAAGAAUCUACAUGUCUAAUAUUUAGACAUGUUCAGCUUUGUGGAUAUUCGGUUAGCGCUGCUGCUCAGCGCAGCGGUGCUUUUGGCGAGAGGUCAAGGCGAGGAUGAUAGCACAUUUGGCAACUGCAACUCAGACGGACAGUUGUACAACGACAAGGAUGUAUGGAAACCCGAACCCUGCCAGAUCUGCGUCUGCGACAGCGGCACCGUCCUGUGCGACGAGGUGAUCUGCGAGGACACAUCCGACUGCGCUGACCCCAUCAUCCCAGACGGAGAGUGCUGCCCCAUCUGCCCCGACACCGAUGGAGCUCUGAUUCCAGGUGAAACUGAGCAAAUUGGUCAGGGACCUGAUGGACCCAAGGGAGACCAGGGUCCCGUUGGUCCUCCCGGCAACGAUGGUCUGGAUGGACAGCCUGGUCUUCCCGGCCCUCCCGGCCCCCCUGGCCCCCCUGGCCUUGGCGGAAACUUCUCUCCUCAGAUGAGCUACGUCGACCACUCCAAAUCUAGUGGCCCAGCUCAGCCCGGCCCCAUGGGUCCUAUGGGUCUCCGUGGUAUGCCUGGACCCCCUGGCUCCACUGGUCCUCAGGGUUUCACUGGCCCCCCUGGCGAGCCUGGUGAGCCCGGUGCUUCUGGUCCCAUGGGUUCCCGUGGUCCCUCUGGCCCCCCUGGAAAGAACGGAGAUGAUGGUGAGCCUGGCAAAGCUGGACGUCCCGGUGAGCGCGGAGCUGCUGGCCCUCAGGGUGCUCGUGGAUUCCCCGGAACCCCUGGACUCCCCGGCAUCAAGGGACACAGAGGAUUCAGCGGUCUGGAUGGAGCUAAGGGAGAUGCUGGACCCGCCGGCCCCAAGGGAGAGGGUGGUGCAUCUGGUGAGAACGGCGUUCCCGGAGCCAUGGGUGCUCGUGGUCUUCCUGGUGAGAGAGGCCGCCCCGGAGCCCCCGGACCUUCUGGUGCUCGUGGUAAUGAUGGAAACACUGGAGCUGCUGGACCCCCAGGACCUACUGGACCCGCUGGUGCCCCUGGUUUCCCCGGUGGUGCUGGUGCUAAGGGAGAGUCCGGUCCUCAGGGAGGCCGUGGAAACGAGGGACCCCAGGGAGCCCGUGGAGAGGCCGGUAACCCCGGACCUGCUGGACCUGCUGGUGCCGCUGGUGCCCCCGGCUCUGAUGGAUCUGCUGGUGCUAAGGGCGCUCCUGGCGCUGCUGGUAUUGCUGGUGCUCCUGGUUUCCCCGGCUCUCGCGGUCCUGCAGGAGCUCAGGGAGCUGUCGGUGCUCCUGGUCCCAAGGGUAACAGCGGUGACCACGGUAAUCCUGGAGUCAAGGGAGAGCCUGGUUCCAAGGGAGAGCCUGGCCCCGCUGGAGUUCAGGGACUUCCUGGCCCCUCUGGUGAGGAGGGUAAGAGAGGAGGCCGUGGAGAGCCCGGUGGUGCUGGAGCCCGUGGACCCCCUGGAGAGCGCGGUGCACCUGGUGCUCGUGGUUUCCCUGGUGCUGAUGGAGGUGCUGGCGGCAAGGGAGCCCCCGGUGAGCGUGGUGCCAACGGCGCUCUGGGAGCUCAGGGAGCCACCGGUGAGUCUGGAAGCCCUGGUGCUCCUGGUGCACCUGGAUCCAAGGGUGUGACUGGUAGCCCCGGAAGCCCCGGCGCUGACGGCAAAACUGGACCUGCUGGUGCCCCUGGACAAGACGGACGUGCCGGACCUGCUGGCUCUGCUGGAGCCAGAGGACAGCCUGGAGUUAUGGGAUUCCCCGGACCCAAGGGACCCGGCGGUGAGUCUGGAAAGGCCGGUGAGAGAGGAGGCCCCGGCGCUACUGGCGCUGUUGGUGCUCCUGGCAAAGACGGUGACGUUGGUGCUCCUGGACCUUCUGGUGUUGCUGGACCUGCUGGAGAGAAGGGAGAGCAGGGACCUGGUGGUCCUCCCGGAUUCCAGGGUCUUCCCGGACCCCAAGGUGCUACUGGUGAGACUGGCAAGCCUGGUGAGCAGGGUGCUCCUGGUGAGGGUGGACCCUCCGGCCCAUCUGGCCCAAGAGGUGACAGAGGUUUCCCUGGUGAGCGUGGUGCCCCCGGCAUUGGUGGCCCAACUGGAGCUCGUGGUUCUCCUGGCCCUGCUGGUAGCGAUGGAGCCAAGGGAGAGCCUGGUGCUGGUGGUGCCCCUGGUGGUGUUGGUGCCCCCGGUAUGCAGGGAAUGCCCGGUGAGCGUGGAUCUGCUGGUCUCCCCGGAGUCAAGGGAGAGAGAGGUGAUGGUGGUGCCAAGGGAGGUGAUGGUGCCGCUGGCAAAGAUGGCGUGCGUGGUAUGACUGGUGCUAUUGGACUCCCAGGACCCCCCGGUGCUCAGGGUGAGAAGGGUGAGGGUGGUGCCGUUGGUGUUUCUGGACCCACUGGAUCUCGUGGUGCCCCUGGUGAGCGUGGAGAGCCUGGACCCUCCGGACCUGCUGGUUUCGCUGGACCUCCUGGUGCUGACGGUCAGCCUGGUGCCAAGGGAGAGAGUGGUGACACUGGACCCAAGGGAGAGGCUGGUGCUCCUGGACCCGCUGGACCCGUCGGAGGUUCUGGUCCUCAGGGACCCGCCGGCCCCACUGGACCUAAAGGUGCUCGUGGUGGUGCUGGACCCCCUGGCUCUACUGGUUUCCCCGGACCUGCUGGAAGAGUUGGACCCCCUGGCCCUCCUGGAGCUGGUGGAGCCCCUGGACCCGGCGGACCCGUCGGCAAAGAUGGACAGAGAGGAGCUCGUGGUGAGACCGGUCCCGCCGGACGCCCUGGUGAGGCUGGUGCUGCUGGAGCCGCUGGACUCAGCGGAGAGAAGGGAUCUCCUGGCUCUGAUGGAGCCCCUGGUACCCCCGGUACUCCUGGACCCCAAGGUAUUGCUGGACAGCGUGGUAUUGUCGGUCUCCCCGGACAGCGUGGAGAGCGUGGUUUCCCUGGUCUGCCCGGACCCUCUGGCGAGCCUGGUAAGCAGGGACCUUCUGGACUUCAUGGUGAGCGUGGACCCCCCGGACCUGCUGGACCCCCUGGCAUGGCUGGUGCUCCCGGAGAGGCUGGUCGUGAGGGAUCUACCGGACACGAUGGUGCCCCCGGUCGCGAUGGAGCCUCUGGCCCCAAGGGAGACCGUGGUGAGUCUGGUAAUGCUGGAGCCCCCGGAGCCCCCGGUGCUCCUGGACCCCCUGGAGCUGUCGGCCCCUCUGGCAAGACUGGUGACCGUGGAGAGGGUGGUGCUGCUGGCCCUGCUGGACCUUCUGGCCCUGCUGGAGUCCGUGGCCCCGCUGGCCCUGCUGGUGCAAAGGGAGACAGAGGAGAGGCUGGUGAGGCUGGAGACAGAGGACACAAGGGACACAGAGGAUUCACUGGCAUGCAGGGUCUGCCCGGAACUGCUGGAUCUUCCGGAGAGAGAGGACCUGCUGGUUCCUCUGGACCCGCUGGACCAAGAGGACCUUCUGGAUCUAACGGUGCCCCUGGUAAGGAUGGUAUGAACGGUCUGCCCGGACCCAUCGGACCCCCUGGACCUCGUGGUCGCAAUGGAGAGAUGGGACCUUCUGGUCCUCCCGGACCUGCUGGAGCCCCUGGACCCCCCGGACCUCCCGGAAGCGGAUUCGACUUCGUCAGCCAGCCUCUUCAGGAGAAGGCCCCCGAUCCCUACCGCAGCGGCGGACACUACCGCGCCGACGACCCCAACGUGAUGGCCGAUCGCGACGUCGAGGUCGACACCACCCUCAAGACCCUGACCCAGAAGGUCGAGAAGAUCCGCAGCCCCGACGGCAGCCAGAAGAGCCCAGUCCGCAUGUGCCGCGACCUGAAGAUGUCCAACCCCGAGCUGAAGAGCGAUUUGUACUGGGUCGACCCCAACCAGGGCUCCUCUCUGGACGCCAUCAAGGUCCACUGCAACAUGGAGACUGGUGAGACUUGCAUCUACCCCCGUGAGUCCAACGUGCCCAUGCAGAACUGGUACCUCAGCAAGAACACCAGGGAGAAGAAGCACGUCUGGUUCAGCGAGUCCAUGACCGGUGGAUUCCAGUUCCAGUACGGCAGCGAGGGAUCUGACGCCGAGGACGUGAGCAUCCAGAUGACCUUCAUGCGCCUGAUGUCCAACCAGGCCUCUCAGAACGUGACAUACCACUGCAAGAACAGCAUCGCCUACAUGGACUCCGCCACCGGCAACCUGAAGAAGGCUCUGCUCCUGCAGGGCUCCAACGACGUCGAGAUCAGAGCCGAGGGCAACAGCCGCUUCACAUACAGCGUCAGCGAGGACGGCUGCACGUCACACACUGGCUCAUGGGGCAAGACAGUCAUCCGCUACAAUACACCAAAAACAUCCCGCCUGCCCAUCAUUGACAUUGCUCCUAUGGAUGUUGGUGCAUCUGAUCAGGAAUUUGGCGUCGAAGUUGGCCCCGUUUGCUUCUUGUAAAAAGAAAGAAAUAUGGACAUGACAUUGUUGUUUUUUUUCUAGCAGUCAUCUCUAAAUCCUUUUUUUCUAUGCAUUCAAAACUCAUUCGGCUGCCAUUGGUCCACAUGCUUAAAACCACUCUACUGAAGACGAUGUUUGUGUUUUUCCAAUCAUGAGAAGUUUUUUUUGGGACUGCUACUUCAACCAAAAACCAACCCUACAAGGACACUUUAAAAAGAAUCUUUUGUUUUCCACUGGCAACAAGAAAAUAAUAUAUACUUGUGUAAAUUUUCCCCUGGAGAUUGAGAAAAAACUAAAAAAGAUCCACACACCCAAAUGAAACACAGGUGACUUUUGCCAUUUUUUACCACUGCGGAAAGGACAUUGAAAACAACAAGUGAUGUGUACCAUUUUUCUGGUGUUAAAUAAAUUGUAAAAAGUGUGAAGUGUCUUCUUGUUGUUCUAAAUUCUUGAAAAGAUUUUUAAAAAAACACCUGAUGCUCAGAUGAUGUCAGCAAAAAGAGCUAAAACAAAGAAGCUCACCUUCAUGGCUAGAUGGCUACCUCAUAACAAGAAGUCACCGUUUUUUUCUUAAAAGAAAAGGGUUUAUUUUACACAAGUUUAUUGUGGGGGAAUCAAAAUCAUUAAAAGGUGCUAUUACCAUCCCAAUAAGAUCCAGUUAUUGGUGUUUUGAUGGUGACACUCUCACUGUCAUACUGUAAUUUUUUGCCACUAAUGCCUGCAGAAACCUUUGGUGCUACUAAAUUGACUCGUUGUCUUGUUGUCUAUGCAGUGCAAUUGUUUUCUUCUUAAGUGUUCUCUAAAGGUGAUCACUGCAGAUGUAAUGCAUGCAAUCGUGUCCUUGUAGAUAAAGGCACAUGACUCUGGUACAAUAUCAUUUCCCUGCACAUUUGUCCAGUGUUGAUCCCUCUGUCUGUUUUGCCCCCCUGUGGAAAACUCCUCUUCACUAAAAAGAAAAACCAGCACACAUCUCCCACCCUGUUGUUUAUGUUGUUUGUUGAUGUCUUUUUCGCGAAGGGUUUCUUAAAAAAGAAUUUGAAGCAGACCCACUUUCAUGGUUUAAAAAGAGAGAUUCUGUACUUAUUUUGUACAUGUAUAAUAAAUUGAGAUGUUUUUAAUUAUUAUGGGUGCUGAAAUAAAGCAUGUGAAGUGGUCUA